AUGUCAGUAACAAUCGACAUCGAAGGAGAAUGUUGGACCAUGGUCUCCUGUUAUGCACCUGAGGUGGGAUGCGAUGAUGAUAAGUUGAGUUUCUGGAGGGACUUGGACAGUGUUGUGCAGGGGAUAGAAGAUGGUGAGAGAAUAGUGAUUGCAGGGGAUAUAAACGGACACGUAGGCUGGAGAGGUGUCGGGUAUGAAGGUGUACACGGUGGACAUGGUAUCGGCAAUGUUAACCAAGAAGGUAUUGCAAUAUUGGACUUUGCAACCGCAUACGAAAUGAAGUUGGUAAAUACCAAGUUCACUAAGAUUCCAAACCACCUGGUGACUUACAAUAGUGGAGGCCACCAAAGUCUUAUAGACUACAUAAUGGUCCAAAAGAAGUUUGUUAAGGAAGCAAUUGACUGUAAAACGCUACCAUUGGAGCAAGUCACAGGGCAGCACAGAACAUUGGUGAUGAAGAUGAAGAUCAGAGAGAGGAGGAAAAGAUGGGAAAAAGUUAGCAGGAAGGUCAGAUGGUGGAAACUGAAAGAUCGCAACAUUAGAGAGGAAUUCCAAGCCGAAAUGGAUAGAAUCCUUGAUGGGGUGGCGUUUGAAGAUGAAGAAGGACAAAAAGACAUCUUUAGAAUUGCUGCAGAAAGGGACAAGAAGUCGAAAGAUAUUGGACAAGUAGUGACAGUUAAGAGCGAAGAUGGAAGGAUACUAAUGGAUGAGGAGGAUAUCUAG